AUGGUAGCGUCCAAAUGGCCAGACAUCUCUCACCUCUCCAUCUCAAGGCCGGAGCUGAUCAACGUUAUGAGGCAGAUUGGUCAAAAGGUCAAGUGGCCUCAGAAGAUGAAAGCACCCAAUUCCUUCUGGAAACCUGGUCUUUGGUGGGACUUCCACCGUGACCACGGAUUCAGCGGAGAAGUCAAGCAGACAGCUGGAGAAGUCACCCUCCCGGUGUAUGCCGAAGGGAUUAACAUGUCAACCAAGUUCCUCUUUGUUGACUGUGAGUCAUCUUACAACAUGAUCCUGGGGCGGUGCUGGAUUCAUGGCAUGGGAGCCGUCCCUUCGACUCUUCACCAGAUGAACAAACCUCCAGCUCAUCACACCGAGGAAUCGGAGUUUGAAGAGAUGGACGACGUGCCAUUGAUCGAAGGGGACCAAACCCCAUAUCUCAAGGUCGGUUCCCAGCUGACCGAGGGAUUAAGGAGGAGAUUAAUAGACUUCCUCAGGUCUAACUCCGAUUGCUUCGCUUGGUCCCACGCAAACAUGUCUGAAAUCGAUCUAGAGAUCAUCAUGCACAAGCUGCAAGUGGAUCCCCUACAUCAACCCGUCAGACAAAAAAGGAGGGAGUUUUCCCCCGAAAGGGAUGCAAUCAUCAACGAGGUACAGUACCCAGAGUGGCUAGCCAACGUGGUCGUUUUAAAGAAGAAGAAUGGGAUGUGGAGAGUCUGCGUAGACUUCACACACCUCAACAAUUCCUGCCCAAAGGACCCCCUUCAUCUGCCUCACAUCGACAAGCUGGUCAAUGCCACACCCGGGCAUCAGCUGAUUAGUUUCAUGGACGCGUUCUCCGGCUAUAACCAAAUACUCAUGCAUCCAGAAAACCAGGAGAAGACAUCAUUCAUGACAUCCAGAGGGAGCUAUUGCUACAAAGUCAUGCCUUUUGGCUUAAAGAACGCAGGAUCAACCUACCAAAGGUUGGUGAAUAUGAUGUUUGCGGACCAGAUAGGGCGGACCAUGGAGGUCUACAUCGACGACAUGCUGGGCAAAUCUCUAGAGGCCGAAGACCACAUAUCUCACCUGCAGCAAGCCUUCUCCACUAUCCAGAAGUACAACUUGAACCUCAAUCCAGCUAAAUGCUCAUUUGGCAUCAAUUCCGGCAAGUUCCUCGGGUAUAUUGUAACCCACAGAGGCAUUGAAGACAAUCCGAAUCAAAUCAGGUCCAUUCACUCAAUUCCUUCCCCGAAGAACGUCAAAGAGGUUCAAAAGCUAACAGGAAGAAUGGCAGCCUUGAGUAGGUUCAUCUCCAGCCUCUCCCACAAUUCUCCCGCGUUCUUUGGGACCCACAAAAAUCCAAAGGAUUUCUAG